AUGUUUCUUUACAGAUAUGACACGGGUCCCAUUCAAGUACGGCAUCCUAACGGCUCAGUAACGGUGAAUCGACAAGUUAUUUUCUACACUGGGAGCCAACCUCCUAGGCUGGAUUUCCUGCAGCAGAUUCCUGGACUAAUUGACAUUUCACGUGUAUUUUCUGCUCCUCAGGAGUACCCAGUACUGCUGACUUCUCCACCUUCCCCUCCAACAACUGCGCUUCCAUUGGACCUGCGGCGGCGACUGAAAGAACUCAUGAAGAAGAAAGUUCCUCCAAGGAGAAUAGAUCCUACAGUUACUCAUACCAUACCUCCUUCUGGAGGUCGAAGAACUGAUAAUAGGUACACUGUUGAAUGGAGCGGUGGUCCGCUGCCUACGGUAGUCAUCCCGCCAAGGGACACUAAUCGAGAGCCGGUACGAUCUCGAGAACAACCACAUCAUCAAACGGAUGGACGUAGCCAGCCGGAUUCAAGGCGUCGAGAGCAACCUACUUAUCCCAAAGCUCCUCAAGUUCCGGAACGUGGACCUCCCCCUACAUAUGCCUCUCAUGCCGCAACGAGAAGCCCUGGUCGGGAGGACCCACGAGAGCACACGAACUGGUCUGGUUAUCGUCCUUCAAUACCUCAAGAGCAGCCUACACCCCCUUCACAGUCUCCUCGCGCGCAGGAGCGAAGGCCUCCUCCAGGGCCUCCAGGGCUUCAAGAGCGACCCACAUCCUCUCCGCAUACUUCUCGCCUACAUGAAAGACGGCCUCCUCCAGGGCCUCCAGGACAGGGCCUCCAGGACAUCAAGAACGGCCCACAUCCCCUCCACAGACUCCCCGUUCCGAACGACGGCCUUCUCCAAAUGACAGUCUUGCUCACAAUAGAAAUGAUGAUCGUCGUCCCGUUGAGGUCACUUUUCCACCUGCAGUCGAAACUACGACGACAACAACCACCACGCCCGCCCCGGCAACCCGACCACGACCUGAACUCAUGGAGAUUAUCCGGCCAACUGAGACCACAAUAUCACGGCCGAAGGUGGACUUCGAUGAAGUGA